AUGUUCUGUACCACAAGCUCAAUCCAUCCAUCCAUCCAUUGCAUUCAGCAUUUCUACUGCACCAUGUCUCAAAACAGCUACAUUUACCCAUGUUUCUCUCCACCAAGAUGCACACCACCACCUCCACAUACCUUUCCUCCACCCCCACCUCAUUCUGUUCCACCGCCACCACCUCAUGGAAUUCCACCUCCACCACCGCCACCUCAUGGCAUUCCAACACCACCGCCACCUAGUCCAAUUUUAACCCCACCACCACCUCAUCCUGUUGCACCACCACCUCCCUCCAUUGUUCCAACACCACCGUCACCACCAUCAGGUAACAACACAGUCAUAAUUGUGGUCUUCGUGUCCCUAGGCGGUCUCUUCUUCCUUGCCUUCCUGGCAGUUGCCCUCUGUUGCUUCAUCAAGAAGAAGAAGAAGAAGAUGGUUCAAGAAACGGAGGUGGUAGACAUUGAUGAGCACAUAAAAGUACAGGAGGCCAUUGUCCCUGGGCCGCGGGGCCCACAUGCAGUGAUAUUGUCGGUUGAGGACGACAUCCAAAUUCAUGAAGACAUCAAGAAAAAUGAAAUCGUUGGUCAAGGGCAUCGCACCAAGUCAACACAUAGCCCACCUCAAACACUCGAAGCAGGGCCUUCACAUUCCAAUCGCCAUUUUCUUGAGCACAAACCUUAAGUAGAAAAAAUGCGUGUGCAUGUUAUGGAUUUCAUGACCAUAUAAUCUUAUUAAUAAGAACCUUCUUAAUAAGAGAGCC